AUUAUUCCCGAGUUGUGAUCAUCAACGACCACAGUGCAACAACAUAAACCCCAAAAACCCUAACCCCGUGUCCUUUUUCACUCUCCCUCUCUCUCUCUCUCUCUCUCUCUCUCUCUCUAUCUCUUCAUCAGGUUCCGCGGCAAACAUCACCACAGAGGCGAAGAUGGUUGGAGACAGAACAAAGAAGUUGAAAGUUGCUGAGAAUUCAGAAGAUGUUGACGGAGAACUCGUUGUCACCGUCGAGAAGUUGCAAGAGAUCCAAGACGAACUCGAAAAGAUCAACGAUGAAGCAAGUGAUAAGGUUCUCGAAAUUGAGCAGAAGUACAAUGAGAUAAGGAAGCCAGUUUAUGAUAAGCGAAAUGAGAUCAUCAAAUCUAUUCCUGACUUCUGGUUGAAUGCUUUUUUGAGUCAUCCUACUCUUGGUGAACUUUUGAACGAGGAAGAUCAAAAGAUAUUUAAGUAUUUGAGUUCUCUUGAGGUUGAAGAUAACAAAGAUGUCAAAUCUGGAUAUACAAUCACCCUUAAUUUCAAUCCCAAUCCCUAUUUUGAGGAUUCAAAACUUUCAAAGACUUUUACUUUCCUUGAGGAAGGAACAACAAAGAUCACUGCUACCCCCAUAAGAUGGAAAGAGGGCAAGGGAAUACCCAAUGGUGUCAAUCAUGAGAAGAAAGGGAACAAACGGGCUCCUACUGAUGUCAGUUUCCUUAGUUGGUUUUGUGACUGUGAGCAGAAAGAUGAUAUGGAAGAUAUUCAUUAUGAGGUUGCAGAAUUAAUCAAGGAUGAUUUAUGGUCCAAUCCACUCAUUUAUUUCAACAAUGAGGAGCCUGAUGAAGAGGAUGCUGAUGAUGAAGCUGAUGAUGAGGUAAUUGAAGUUCCCUUUUUCUUGGAAAAAAUACAGGAAAAAGACGAGGAUGACUCUGAUGAUGAUGACCAAGAGGAUGAUGAGGGUGAAGAUGAGGAAGGAAACUGAAAAUGCAUUAUGGUGGCGUGACCUGUUUAUUUUUUUCUUCUGGUUUGAGUAUGUAUUAGGCUUUUGGGCGUGCAGACCAUGGCCAUUCUUUCGUUGCAUUAACUCAUGUCAGCAAGUGGAGCUACCCAGGCCAGUUAGUGGUUCUCUGACCAUAAUUUAUUAUUUACCCUGUGAAUUAUUUCUGCUACUAGUUUCAUCCAUCGUGAACUUUUAGUGAUACUCAUAGUAUAUUAGCUUUCUCUCUUGGGUUUUUGUUGUGAACUAUAUAGGAAAUUACUGCAUUUAUUUAUUGUAUAGCUGUUCGGCUUUGCAUAAGAAUAUUACCUUAAAAGGCUUCAAGGCUAUCUCAGCGGUUUUUCUCCCGCAAGAUUACUAUUGUCGGAAAGAAUCUUCUUUCUGUUCAAUCUUUACAUGCAUAACUUUACUGUCGCAACCGAAACAUAAAUGCACGGUCAUUUGAAUUUGUAUUGUCCCCA